AGUACAAAAUUCACACUCAAGAAUAUGGCCAUAUUUCUUCUAACUAAUACCCCAAAGGCUUGACCAUAAGUGAAUCUCUGAAUUUCAUAAAAAUCAGCAGAGAAUUAAUGGAGCCAUCCACCAUGCUCAAGGCUCCUCUCCACUCCAUUAGGUCUAUGCCUAGAACGGUUUUCAACCAUUUGUUUGCUGUAGUUUACACAAUUGCUCUUCUUUUCCUACUCUAUCACCAUGCAUUCAAACUCUUCUCCUCCACCACCACCUUUCCAUCCUUCUUCAUAUCCAUUUCCAUGUUCAUCUCUGAUCUUCUUCUAGCUUUCUUCUGGUUUACAGCCCAGGGAUUUCGAAUACGUCCCGUUACUCGUGAAGUAUUCCCAGAAAACCUGGAAGAAAUGAUAGACAAGAAAGAUUUUCCAGAUAUAGACAUCUUUAUAUGCACUUCAGAUCCGUAUAAAGAACCACCAAUUGAUAUUGUUAACACAGCUUUAUCAGUUAUGGCAUAUGAUUAUCCGGCAGAGAAGCUUUCGAUUUAUGUUUCUGAUGAUGGAGGCUCAGAGCUCACUCUCUUUGCUAUCAUGGAAGCUGCUAAAUUUGGAGCCCAUUGGUUAGCUUUUUGCAGGGAGAAUAAGGUCUUGGACAGGAGCCCAGCCGAAUUUUUCAGAUUACAGGAGACAGAGAACUCUAAGACUGAGAAAAUUAAGAUAAUGUAUGAGGAUAUGAAGAGAAGAAUAGAAAACGUGGUUGAAAAUGGAAAGGUCGCUCAAUAUAUCACCAAUCAGCAAGAGCAUGAGGCCUUUAGCCCAUGGACCAAAACAUUCACUCGUCGAGAUCAUCCAACAGUGAUUCAGGUUUUGCUUGAAAGCGGCAAGGAUAUAGAUGUGUCAGGCCAUUCUAUGCCGAAUCUCGUUUAUGUUUCAAGAGAGAAAAGCAGCACUAGUCCACAUCAUUUUAAAGCUGGAGCCUUGAAUGCCCUGCUUCGAGUAUCAGCCCUUAUGACAAACGCGCCUAUAAUUCUUACCCUAGACUGUGACAUGUUCUCCAACAAUCCCAGGACACCAUACAAUGUGCUCUGUUACUUCUUCGAUAAUUCAAUUAGGCCUAAAUUGGCCUAUAUCCAAUUUCCUCAAUGUUUCUAUGGCCUAAACAAGAAUGACAUCUAUUCAUCUGAGAUGCAACGUUGGUUUCAAAUCAAUCCAAAGGGGAUGGAUGGACUAACAGGCCCUCAUUGCAUGGGCACUGGAAGCUUUUUCAUGCGUAGAGCUCUCUUUGGUGGUCCAUCGGCGAUGCUGCAGCCAGAAAUGCCCCAGUUGAGCCCUGACCAUGUUGUUAGCAACCCCAUCAGGUCUCAGCAUAUUUUAGAGCUGGCUAAGAUUGUGGCAGGUUGCAAUUAUGAGUUCCAAACCAAUUGGGGUGAACAGAUUGGCUUCAGAUAUGGCUCUUUAGUGGAAGAUCUCUACACUGGUUACCGUCUUCAUUGCCAAGGAUGGAAGUCUAUCUUCUGCCAACCCCAAAGGGCAGCAUUUUUGGGUAACAUACCGAUUUCUCUCCUGGAUGCACUGAACCAGGUUAAGCGAUGGACAGUCGGCUUCCUUGAGUUUUCAUUCUCCAAAUACAGUCCAUUAACCUUUGGUAUACAAGCUAUGGGGGGGAUGAGUCUUGAUUAUAUACAGUAUGGUUUCUUACCUCUUUGGUCAGUUUCCAUCACUAUAUAUACAUUUCUUCCUCAGCUAACUCUCCUAAAUGGUAUCUAUAUCUUCCCGAAGGUAACCAGUCCAUGGUUUUUCUUGUAUGCUUUCCUAUUCCUUGGGGCAUAUGCACAAGACUGUUUAGAAUUCCUAUUCAGCCAAGCAACCCUAAGAAGGUGGUGGAGUGAACAGAGGAUAUGGCUCAUUAGAGGACUGACAUGUUAUCUUUUUGGAACUCUUGAGUACCUCAUGCAAAUAUUGGGCAUUGCUACACAUGGAUUCAAUGUGACAAGCAAAGCAGUAGAUGAUGAACAAAGCAAAAGAUACCAUCAAGGGCUCUUUGAAUUUGGGGUUCCCUCACCAAUUUUCUUGCCAUUAGCAACCGCAGCAAUCAUAAAUUUUGCUGCCUUCCUUUAUGGAACAAUGCUAGUUCUCAAGGGAGGAAACACUGAAGAUGUUUUUGUUCAGCUGUUUAUAGCUGGUUUUGGCGUGUUAAAUUGCUUGCCAAUCUACGAAGCCAUGAUUAUCAGAACUGAUAAAGGAAAGAUGCCUACCAAGACUACCAUCACUUCAAUUAUUAUUGCAUGCGGUCUUUAUUUAGCAGCUUUUCUCAUGCUACAGAUAUAAUAUAGUAUGCUUUAUUUUGUCUCUUGUAAACCUAUUCCUUCGUUGGAAAUAAAAGUUAUUGUUGUGUGUAGUCUACAUGAGAUAAGCAAUUCGACAAAAACUGAAAAAGGUUAUACGUCUUAGUUGUACCGUGAGAUUGUGGUUAAGUUAGGGGUGCAAAUGAGUCGAACUCAAUCGAAAACUAAUAAUUUGCGAGUUUGCUUGAUCAAAUUUUGAGCUUGAACUCGCUCGAACUCGCGUUGACUGAGUUCGAGUUUGAGUUCUCAAUCGAGCUUCAUAUA